GGGCUGGACAUCAACACCCAAAACUUUGCUGGGUCCACUGCUCUCGAUCACGCGGCGUAUUACGGCAACGAGGACGGCGUGCGGUUUCUGCUCGCGGCCGGGGCGGACCCGGCUGUCGGCGCCGGCGACGAGGUGUGCGGCUGCGUCAAGGCCAUCGGGGAUGCAGACCUGCGGCAGUGCGCCCAAGGGGCCUGCGAGACGGCUCAGCAGGUCGCGGCCAUACAGGAGCUGCUGGGCCGCGGGAACGGGCCCCCUGGGCCGGCCCCACCGACAACGGCGGACGGCGCCGUGGUGACGGAGGACUGCCACUCGCUGCCCACUGUCCUGCAGAUCCUGGAGUGCAGGGCGCUGUCGGGAUAG